AUGUAUGUUCGAGUGUUCGCGAGAAUGGCGCCUAAACAAAAGGAACGUAUAAUUAAUGAAUACAAAUCACUUGGUUGGGUGACGUUGAUGUGCGGUGACGGAACCAACGAUGUCGGUGCUCUUAAACACUCCAACGUCGGUGUUGCAUUACUAUCACAUCCGUAUGACGCAACGAAGGCUGAGCAGAAGGAGAAGGAGAAGAAGGAAAAAAUUGACGAGGCGCGUCGUCUUAUACAAGUUGGUGCAGCACCUCCCGUACCCGCUGGAAUACCAAGCACCGUGGGGCGACGUGGUGAAGCACCGCCCGGUGCUAGGGCCAGGAGCACUCAUCCUUCCGUAGUGAAUGCCCAAACCAAACUGGAAAAGCUCAUGAAGGAAUUGGAAGAAGAGGAACGAGCGUCGAUCACAAGGCUUGGAGACGCAUCUAUAGCUGCUCCUUUCACAUCAAAGUACACGAGUAUAGCAUCUAUAUGCCAUGUCAUCAAGCAAGGACGAUGUACAUUGGUGACUACUCUCCAAAUGUUCAAGAUUCUUGCCCUGAAUGCGCUUGUGUCAGCGUAUUCGUUAUCUGCUCUUUAUAUGGAUGGUGUUAAGUUUAGCGACACUCAGGCUACAGUACAGGGACUACUACUGGCAGCUUGUUUCCUAUUUGUAUCUCGCUCAAAGCCUCUGAAAACGCUAUCCAAACAACGGCCGUUGAGCAAUAUCUUCAAUGCCUACACGCUUUUAACUGUAACCGGUCAAUUUGUGGUCCAUUUUGGUUGUUUACUGUACGUUGUGAACAAUGCUCAUGCCGCCUCCCCG